CCGCCUCCGCCAGCCGCGCCCGGCGGCCGCGCAGGGGCAGAGCGAGCCGGCGCCGGCGAGGAAUUAGGAGCGAUCCGAGGAGGAGCGAAAAAAACCCCCCCAUCAUCAUCAUCAUCAUCAUAAUAACCAUAAUAAAAGGAGAGCCGGCGCGUUUAGCGAGCCUUUUUAAUUUUUAAUUUUUCCCCCUCCUCUUCCUCCUUCUCUUCCUCCCUCCUCGAUUUUUAAUCUUUUUUUAUUUUUUAUAAAUUUUUCUUUUUUAUAUAUAUAUUUUUUCUUUUUUCUUUUUUUUUUCCUUCUUUUUCCUUUUGGGUGAGCGCGCUCGAAAAUUUUAACAUUUGAGGUGUCCUGCGCGGUGGGAGCACACGCAGCGGAUCAUCAUCAGUCAUUCACCACCUUGACAACCUCGCCUGUGAUUGACAGCCGGAGUGGCAAAAAGCCAUGAGACUUGGUAGUUGGGUUUGAGGGGCACUUUAAAAAAAAAAAAAAAAAAAAAAAAAAGGAAAGAGAGGAAAAAAAAAAAACCUGAUUUGGGGAAAGGAUAUUUGCUUUCGCCCCGCUGCUGUCUUGGAAACGAGAGGGAGAGUAAGAGGGAGAGACAGGGAGAGAGGAAAGAAAGAAAGAAAAAAGAAGGAAGGAAGGAGGGAGAGUUGAUUUUUUUUUUUUCCUUCUUCUAUUUUUUUUUCUGCCUCCUUUUUUAAUGCUGAGUUACCGUAUCGCUUCGCUGAGAUCCAGCAAGCCGAAGAUUUUACUCGAUUGCUUCCAUUGCUGGCGACGCUAAGGGAUUUUUGCAUUUUUGGGGGGGGCUGAGGGGGGGGGGAACUUCGCGUUUCUUUCUUUUCACACUGGCCUUAAAGAGGAUAUAUUAGAAGUUGAAGUAGGAAGGGAGCAAGCAGGCCGAUGGCGCAAAGGUACGACGAGCUGCCCCACUACGGCGGCAUGGAGGGGGUGGGCAUCCCCACCACCAUGUACGGGGACCCCCACGGCGCCCGCCCCAUGCAGCCCGUCCACCACCUCAACCACGGGCCGCCGCUCCACUCUCACCAGUACCCGCACGCCGCGCACGCCAACGCCAUGCCCCCCGCCAUGGGCGCCUCCGUCAACGACGCCCUCAAGAGAGAUAAAGAUGCCAUCUACGGACACCCCCUGUUCCCUCUUUUAGCACUGAUUUUUGAGAAAUGUGAAUUAGCUACAUGCACACCCAGGGAGCCCGGGGUAGCGGGAGGCGAUGUUUGCUCCUCUGAGUCUUUCAAUGAAGACAUAGCAGUGUUCGCCAAACAGAUACGAGCAGAGAAACCCCUCUUUUCCUCUAAUCCUGAACUGGAUAACUUGAUGAUUCAAGCCAUACAAGUAUUAAGGUUUCAUCUGUUGGAAUUAGAGAAGGUACACGAAUUAUGUGACAAUUUCUGCCACCGGUAUAUUAGCUGUUUGAAAGGAAAAAUGCCUAUCGAUUUGGUCAUAGACGAUAGAGAGGGCGGAUCAAAAUCGGACAGUGAAGACAUAACAAGAUCAGCAAAUCUAACAGAUCAGCCCUCCUGGAACAGAGACCACGAUGAUACGGCAUCGACGCGCUCUGGGGGAACCCCCGGACCUUCCAGCGGGGGACACACAUCACACAGCGGGGACAACAGCAGUGAGCAAGGUGACGGCUUGGACAACAGUGUAGCUUCCCCCAGCACAGGUGAUGAUGAUGAUCCAGAUAAGGACAAAAAGCGACAUAAAAAGCGUGGCAUCUUUCCCAAAGUAGCCACAAAUAUCAUGAGGGCAUGGCUGUUCCAGCAUCUAACACACCCUUACCCUUCAGAAGAACAGAAAAAGCAGUUGGCACAAGACACAGGGCUCACUAUACUUCAAGUGAACAACUGGUUUAUUAAUGCUAGAAGAAGAAUAGUUCAGCCCAUGAUAGACCAGUCCAAUCGAGCAGUAAGUCAAGGCACACCCUAUAACCCUGACGGGCAGCCGAUGGGAGGUUUUGUGAUGGACGGCCAGCAGCACAUGGGCAUCCGAGCGCCAGGGCUGCAAAGUAUGCCAGGGGAUUAUGUGUCUCGGGGUAGUCCAAUGGGUAUGAAUAUGGGACAGCCAAGCUAUACCCCACCCCAGAUGCCCCCUCAUCCCGCUCAGCUGCGUCAUGGCCCCCCCAUGCAUACCUACAUUCCUGGACACCCUCACCACCCAGCGAUGAUGAUGCAUGGAGGACCACCCCACCCUGGAAUGCCCAUGUCAGCAUCAAGCCCCACAAUGCUUCAUACCGGCGAGCCGGCAGUGAGCGGACAAGUGAUGGACAUUCAUGCUCAGUAGCUUAAGGGAAAUACACGUUGUCUGCAGCAACGGUAGAUUUCAAACAUUGUCUUUCUGCAAUGACUAUGGAGUUCUUGGCUUCAACUUUGGACCAAGGGACGUUCCGAUUCUUCACAGGGACCCUGAAAAGCAGGAAAACACCAACCGAAGUCAACUUCUGGGGACAUGCUAAAUACCUAUAUAAGACAUUAAGAGAACAAAGAGU